AACAUGGGAAGCAGCAGAAACGCUCGCCGCAGCCGUCUAGUAGCGAGGGUGACACGGACGGAUCGUAUGUGUUUGAGGCUAAAGAGGCCUGGAAGGAUUUCCACAACUCCCUCAGACAGUUUUACGACAACGGAGAGCUGUGUGACGUCACUCUGAAGGUCGGAAACCGACUGAUACCAUGUCACAAACUGGUUCUGGCCUGCGUGGUGCCGUACUUUCGUGCCAUGUUCCUCUCAGAUAUGGCAGAGGCCAAACAGGACUUGAUUGAGAUACGAGAUUUCGACGCCGAUGCCAUCAAGGACCUGGUGUGUUUCGCGUACUCCUCGCAGCUGACGCUGACGGUGGAUAACGUUCAGCCGCUGCUGUACGCGGCGUGUAUCCUGCAGGUGGAGCUGAUCGCUCGGGCCUGCUGUGAAUACAUGAAAGCUCACUUCCACCCCUCCAACUGUCUGGCCGUCCGCACCUUCGCAGAGAGUCACAACAGGGUGGACCUGAUGGACAUGGCUGACCGCUACGCCUGCAAGCAUUUCAGAGAAGUGGUGGAGUGUGAGGACUUCAUCUGCGUCUCGCCGCAGCACCUCAAGACGCUGCUGGCCUCCGGUGACCUGAACAUUCAGUCUGAGACUCAAGUGUACAACGCCGCCGUCAAAUGGCUCAAAGCCAACCUGAAGCACCAUGACGUCUGGCUGGAUCAGAUCAUGUCUCAGGUUAGCUGCUCAGGGCUGGGAUGGAAAGUUUGUUGGGGAUCAUUUUUACACACACUUUUUAGUAUGAUAAUUAAAAAGGGCUUUUUUGCCAGGUAGCCUAUGUUUACACAUACGAGGAAUUUGUUUUGGUGACAGAAGCUUCCACAGCAUAAGCAGAAUGACA